AUGGCGGAAGAAGAACAAGUCGACGUAAUACCAUGCUGCCAGAGUGACAAAACACUUUCCAUGGUAUCACAAUGGCUUUCAUCGGAUACAAUGCAUGCCAGCUCUUCAACGUCUUCUCAAAAUGUCUUCGAAUUUCGAGGAAAACCAAAUACAAAUAUCGAUUUUAAUAUUAAAGAAAUAUUGCAAAAAACUGUUGCUGGAGACGAUAUGAUUAAAGCAUACCAACAAACGCCAAACCUAUCUAGCACUGAUCAAACCAUCAUAUCUAGAUGCAUUGUCGACCAUUUUCAUCACAAUGGUCUAAAAAUGUGUCCAAAAACCAUGAAAAGUGUAGCUAAGGAAAUAGUAAAAUUAUUUCCAAAUGAAGACGAACGUACGUAUUACGUUCCGCGGGAAAAUGAAAAGCAGCCAUCGGGAAAAAUUUUUGACAGGUACUUUAACGUCGGAUACAAUCGGAAGAGAAAAGCUGACUUGUCAUACUAUAUUUCCGAAGAAAAUGACAACAUGGAAGUCGAAGAGUUUUUAAAGAAAAAAGAAUUUCUGUUAUAUAAUUCUCCUGAAAACGCAAAAUCUUUGUGGGAAGAAACAUCUAAAAUGAGAAUGAAGGAAGAAAAAUAUCCAAUUUCUUCAUUUUUAACUGCAUGGCCACGGUAUAAGGACACAAAUGCCGAACAGCUAAUUAAUGUUGACUUCAACACAUUACACCCGGGAAAAUCUAAUAAACUCUUCGAAAAGUUCUGCGAGUUAGAAAAAAGGGCAAACAAGGUUUUUUUCCCAUCAUCAAUCAAGGAAAAACUCUUUCUUGAAAUGUAUAAGAAAAUGGUUUCGCCCGAGCUUUGUGCCGAUUCGAAAAACUUUUUCUUUUUUAAUUUGUUGCACACCAUCUUAAUUCCGCCAAGGAUUAGCAAAACUUGCAAACCAUCAAUUUCUGAUGCACAAAAAGAUAUGUUUGUUCACUUGGUAAGCUUAAAUAAUUUUAAACAUAAGGAGGAUGAGCUGCAAUUCCAAGCUAUUUCGGAAAAACUUAAGUUGCAGCCAAAAAUUUUUGUCAUUGGGGAGUCUUUGGAAAGCUUGAAAGAAUUUUAUGUUUAUUUGGAAGGCAUACGCUAUAAAGUUUCAACGCUGCUCGAUGCUAUAGAUUUAGUUGUUAAGAUUUGAUUCCUUUUUAAUUUAGAUUAUACUCAAAAAAGCAAAUAUGUGUGGUUCUUUUUGCAAGAAUAUAUAUACGAAAUUGUCCCUGACGAAAAAAUUUCAAAAAUAAAAAACAUUAUUUCAAAAUUAGAAAAUGUCAACAUUGAAUAAAGAUAAUUAUAAAAACACACAUAUUUGCUUUAUCUGUAAGAAAACUUUUCAAAACUCAAAUAAAUUUCUCAUUCAUUUAAAAGAUGAUCAUAGGAC